AUACAAUGACCGAGCAAAGUUUUCCCCCGCUGAUCUUUGGAACUGGCUCCUUGGCCGAGGGAGGGAGAAAACUCCAGCAACCUUGUUCCCCAGCAGAUGAUCUCUGACCACACCUGGUUCUUGUUACCUCCACUGGAAGCACCGGCAGGUGUUAAAGGUGCCCCGCGGCCAGCUGAGGGGCUCUCCGAGGCUGCUCUUGCCGUGAUCCGCUCGGUGGGUUUCAUGCACAGGCAGAUGAUGGUGGCACCCCAGCGACUGCUCUGGGUCCUCCUCCCCAUCUUGGUGGCUGUGGCCGCACGGGAAUCUGUCCUGAACACCUGCAUGGAUGCCAAGCACCACAAGGCAUCUCCUGGCCCCGAGGAUAAGCUGCACGAACAGUGUUCCCCCUGGAAGGAGAGCGCCUGCUGCACCGUCAACACCAGCCAGGCGGCCCACGAGGACACCUCGUACCUGUACAACUUCAACUGGUUCCACUGCGGGAUCAUGUCCGACAGGUGCAAGAAGCACUUCAUCCAGGACACCUGCCUCUAUGAGUGCUCGCCCAACCUGGGGCCGUGGAUUAACCAGGUGGACCAGAGCUGGCGCAAAGAGCGGAUCGUGGACGUGCCGCUGUGCAAGGAGGAUUGUGAGCAGUGGUGGGAAGACUGUCAGUACGACUUUACUUGCAAGGAGAACUGGCAUGUAGGAUGGGACUGGUCCUCAGGGGUGAAUCAGUGCCCCGAGGGAUCCAUGUGCCAGCGGUGGACGAGGGUUUUCCCUCGCCCCAAAGACAUGUGCGAGAAGAUCUGGAGCAACUCCUACAAAUAUACCACCUGGCUCAGAGGCAGCGGGCGCUGCAUCCAGAUGUGGUUUAAUGCCACGGAAGGCAACCCCAACGCGGCCGUGGCCAGGUAUUACGCCAGCGGAGGGGAGCUCCCUGCGGCUCGCCUGCCUUGGGUGGCUCCCGCGUUGCUGUGGCCGGUGCUCCUGACCCUGCAGUGACCUCGGCGUGGGAUUUCUACUCCCUGGGCUUUUGGCCGGUAAAACAGGACGGUGAGGGAUGCCCCCGCCUUGCUCAAGCGGGUCAGAAAAUCGGAACUCCUGCAGCGGCUCGUGAGGGGGUCCUCCCCCAGAACUCACUCUCUCUGGGUAGUUUCCGUGGCUGCCUGUGCUUUUCCUCAGUGGAACCUCCUUUCCCUGGCCCCCCUCUGAGAGGGAGGGGUUGAACCUCCUGUAACAGAGAUGUAUCACAUAUGGGACGAAGGAAUUAAAAAAGUCUGGCUCUUA